AUUACCAUAUGGGGAAUAUGCCUGUUGUGACGUACGUGCCAUUGAGAGGUCGAUAUCAAGUUUUAAAACGAAACGGCAAGCAUCACCAACUACUCUACGGAGAUCAAAUAAGGCUUUUGCAUGAGCUUAUGAAAAGGCUACAUUUUAUCUUCUUUAUCCCGGAAGACUUUAAAAACAUUGACAUCAGCGUAAGGAAACUUGUUCGUUCCAGGCACGACGAAUAUGACGAAACGUUAGAUGGGAUCUUGACCAACCACACUGCAGUAGGCUCCAUUGACUUAAAUGUAGUGGAGAGCGAGCAACGCAGCUGGCUAUCGGAAACCGUUGAGUGUAUCCAGGCCACUUCGUCAAUGUUCAAAUUGAUCAUCGUUGUUCCCAACGCGCUUCUCCCGCGCUCGGCCGUGUCGCGUGCACGCUGCGACGUGUUCGAGCGCGCCAGGCGAGCGUGUUGGUCCUGCGUUGGCGAAUAG